CUUGCCGGCUUCCGUCUCUGCACGAGGAUUGCCAAGUGCGCUCCAGCGCUCGGUUCACUCCACAGUCCAUACCUUCUGCAGUUUUGUCUGAAGAUAUGAGCUCCAUACUUUCUGAAUCUUAAGUAGUUUAAUUUCAAACCAUUCUGCACUAUGAGUUCUGUAAUCCUACGCUGCCUUGGGCGGCAAGCACGGCACAUAAAGCAGUCAGCAGGGAAGCGCCGUUAUCGAGUAUCCUCAGAAGGCUCGGUUCAGCCCAGUUCGGUGUCGGUCAAGACGGUAGACCUGCGCAGCGACACUGUUACCCAGCCCGGUCCGGCUAUGCGCAGGGCCAUGGCAGAGGCUGAGGUUGGCGAUGAUGGCUACGGUGAAGACCCAAGCGUCAACAAGCUUCAGGAGUUAGCAGCCCAUCUGUUUGGAAUGGAGGCAAGUCUUUUUGUUCCAUCUGGCACGAUGAGCAAUUUGAUAUCAGUUAUGACGCACUGCCGAGAAAGAGGAGAGGAAAUCAUUGUUGGGGACCAGGCUCACCUGCAUGUGUAUGAGCAAGGGGGGAGCGCACAGUGUGCUGGCGUUCACGCACGCAGUGUCCGGAACAACCCAGAUGGUACUUUCGACCUGGAUGAGGUUGAGUCAAAGAUCCAACACUACUUCCCUGACUCGCACUACCCUCGGACCCGCCUGAUCUGCGUGGAGAAUACGCACAACAUCACGGGAGGACGCGUUCUUCCCCAUUCAUUUCUCAAAGAGCUACGUGCCCUGGCUGACCAUUACGGUCUCGCCGUUCACAUGGAUGGAGCCCGCUUGAUGAACGCCGCUGUGGCAAUGAGGGUGCAGCCGUCUGAGAUCCUGCAGUACGCCGACUCUGUUAGCAUGUGUCUGUCCAAGGGUCUUGGUGCACCAGUGGGUUCCUUACUUGGAGGGACGAAGCCAUUUGUUGAGAAGGCAGUGCGAGCCCGGAAUGUGCUGGGCGGUGGAAUGCGCCAGGUUGGCAUUUUGGCUGCUGCUGGCAUCGUCGCCAUCACCGAUAUGGUGGAGAGGUUGCAAGAUGACCACCGUAAUGCCAAAGCCUUUGCUCAAGCACUACUUCAGACCAAGGAGCCCCUCUACAUGGUGGAUGUGGAAGCAGUCGAGACGAACAUUGUGGUUUUUAAAAUGCUGAACCCACACGUCAGCCCCGAUGAGUUCUGUUGGAGGAUGAAGGGGGUGACUGUGGAGGAGGCAGAGGUGAUUGGUCAAGGCGUUCGAGUUCUGAUGCAGCCGCAUUACGACAAUUCAGUGCGAGCCGUGUGGCACUUGAAUGUUUCAGAGGAGGACACACGACUCGCUAUUCACAAGAUGGCCUACGUCACGGAACAAUUUAAUCAAGAAACCAGCAGGUUAUGAUGGGCCUUACAACUGUCACGAUGAAUACAUUGAUGUCAGACUCUCGUUUUAUUUAUUUAUUUUUUGGUUGAUUCAUUUGUAAUUGAGUUUUUAUUAAGCCUGUGCCUCAGAGCUUUGAGGAGGAGGGGGUCCUUCUGUACAUCACACUCUUCGCUGUCAGCAUCUGAACUUCUGACUCACUGGAGAAUUGGAAUGGUAACAAUAUAAUAGGAAAGAUAAUCGUAUCUAACAGAGGAGGGAAGGGGGCAAGUAAACAUUAAAGCAGAUUGUCGGUUCAGUGCAACUGAAAUGAAGACCAGAGGGGGCUACCCCAGCCAGGAACCCCCAACGGUGAGGAACCCUGGGAAAACCAGCAAAUUGUCAUAGAAAUACUGAUGUGAACCAACCACAUGGAUGGCUUUUAUUUCGCAAAACCAAAGCAUGAAAUGCCGUUUUGAGUUCAGGGCUUCAUUUAUUUAUUACUGCAGCAGAAAUUUACAGUUUUGCCAAAGUGCCUGUUGGGUUAAAGUCCGGCAUGCAUUUUAAGCAGCACUCUUUAUCCCGCUGACUCUCCGCAGGUUUUAAUUUGAACAUUUCACCGUGCUUUAUCUUUACGGCAGUGUUGUAGGUUGGAUGACCUCUUUAAAAAAGAAAAACAACAAAAAAAAAUAAUAAUAAAGCUUGAGCCUUCUCCAAAAUCAAUUAGCAGAUCUUAACAAAUGCGACCUAAAAGAGAACACGGACUCUCAAAUGUUUUCUAUUGAUUCAUUUUGAAGGAUUAUGUCAAAUGCUACUUGGCAGGGAAGAUGACAACCAAAAAUGUAAUAAAACAUUAACAGAUGUCUUGGA